UGGAGAGUCACUGUGGUCAGUGUUCGAGUCCCAGAGAGGGGGGGGGCUGUCACAAGGUAAAUCUGGAAACUAUCCGUCCCCUAAUAAACGUUUAUUUCACAGGAUGAAGCUACUUAAAGGAUCAAAGUAUUAAAGUAUGUGAGGUUCUCCUCCGCUGACGCUCCCAGUACAUCGGUACCACUGCAGAGGUUGACCUGCAGGGCGGGGCCCACACCGGCAGUCCGACAGGAAAACAUCCAAAUAAGGCUGGAGGAAGUGAUGACGUAGCUGGAAGCUGGCCAUGUGACGUAGCGCCAAUAACAGCUGAGCGGAGCUGUGACGCGUGCUUGGGGUUUCCGGUCAUGGCGGCUGUCUGUGCUUCUGUCUAUCGUUCGCCGGCCGCGGUCCAGCGGACAGGCCGCGGCGCCGGGCCGAGCUCCGGACUGAAGCUGCAGCAUGAGGCGCAGAGAGCGGAGCAGCUUCCGGGUUCGGACCGGUGUGCACGCUCACCGCUCGGUCCAUAUUUGGGCUUCCUCCGCGCCAUAUUUGGGAGCAUACGUCACGCAGGAGUGUCUAUAAAGCGCGAGCUUCAUUCACAAAGUGUCACAACAUGACACGUUCACUGGACGCUGGGAUUCCGCAGCUCCGCGUCCUGCACUAAACAUCCCACACUUCUCCAGCGGGACCCGGAGCUGUCGAGCCUCCAGCGUUGGCUUCCUCCGAGCCGCACGGCCCGCAGCAGCGUCCGCCCCGACUCGGCGCCUCUCCGCCCGGCUCAGGAGCGGGGAGCGGCUCGGUCCUCCCGCAGGAACAGCUCGGUGCUCCGCGGCUCCUCUUCCGCCGCCUCCAGCCCUUCCUCCUCCGCAGAGAUGGCAGCGACCAAAGCGGAGCUGCUGCUGUCCGCCCGGCAGAUCUCUGACCCGCUGAGCGGCUUCCUGCCGCCGCUGUCCCCGCUGGACGGCUUCCACAAGCUGGAGGAGCUGCACAUGCUGCUGCAGAACGCCGCGGCCGCAGCGGAGGCAGCCGGGGAGUACGGAGAUUCUCUGUUGGAGUUCCCGGACCUCCCCCCUAUCACCCCCCGACUCCCCCCUCUGGCCUACAGUGGUCGUUUCACCUUUGAACCCUCCAGCGGUGGCAGUGCCCUCUGGGCGGAGCCUCUGCUCAGCCUGUUCACGGGGUUGGUCAGCAUGGCAGCUCCUCCCCCUGCAGCCAGCAGCCUCUCCACCCCUUCAUCGUCAGUGACAUCAUCAUCGCUGUCCCAGCAGAGCUUCACCUGUGUCUCUGCUGACGUGGCCUCGGUCUUCUCCGCCACGCCGACGUACAUCUCUUCUGUCGGCUCCGACCUCCCCGCCGACUCUCAGCAGAGCCCCCAGAACUUCCAGCCACAUGGCCCCCCUCCUGCCUACCCCGCCUCCAGGCUCGAGCCGCCCUCCCUGGCGGUGCAGGUGCUCCCGGACUACCUCCUGUCGCAGCACGACGACGAUCUGGGUCUGAACCAGGACCAGAAACCCGUGCUGCCGCAGACCCUGAACCCUCAGCUCACGCCGCUGUCCACCAUCAAAGCCUUCUCCUCGCAGAUCCAGACACAACCUCAUGGCUCCGCCUACCAGCUCACCAAGUCCAGUCGGAUCAGGAAGUCCCCUGUGAGCAGGCAGUGCAAGACUCCACCUCACGAGCGUCCGUACGCCUGCCCCGCCGACGGCUGUGAGCGCCGCUUCUCCCGGUCCGAUGAACUGACACGCCACGUGCGUGUGCACACAGGCCAGAAGCCGUUCCAGUGCCGCAUCUGCAUGCGAAGCUUUAGCCGCAGUGACCACCUGACCACGCACAUCCGCACGCACACCGGAGAGAAGCCGUUCGCUUGCACCGAGUGUGGACGCAAGUUCGCCCGCAGUGACGAGCGCAAGCGUCACUCCAAGAUCCACCAGAGACAGCGAGAACGCAAGACUGACAGGAGCUCCGCCUUUUCUGCCCCCCUCCCCGUCACAACACCACCCGCCUACUCCUCCCCUCACACCUCCUUGCCCUGCUCCUCCUACACCUCCUCCGCUCACAGCUCGCCCUCCCUCUCCAACUCGCUCUUCCCCUCCUCCCUCUGCAUGCAGGCAGCCUCCCCCUGCUUCACCUCCCCCUCCUCCCCCCACCUGUAUGCCUCCUCCUGCUCGUCGCCGACAGCGAGUCCUCGGUCGGAGCUCCCCUCCCCCCACAGCUCCAACCUCUGCUGACAAACAGCAAGUCCGCCGUGACCUUUGACCUCAGACUGAAACUUUGACAUGAACAACGCUUUUCACACAAAAACUUUAUUUUUGUGUUCGUCCAGUGUUGACGAGGUCAAAGGUCGAUAAUUGUGUGCAGCAGAGCAGCCGACACGUGGCUGAGAUAAACUUCUGAGUUGAGUUUGAGAGUCCGUCAGAAAAUCUGAACCAAACUUUAAUCUUCAGCACAAAAAACUCUGGACCAAACUUCAGAAAGAAAACUGCAGAAUUUAGAGACUUGAUGCUCUGUGAUUGUUUGUAAAUGAAGUUUACACGUAGCGUUGUGUUCAUUCAUGAAGUUUUUACCUACUGAGUAGGUCAGUGUUAUAUACUGAACAUGUUUCUACUUCAAAGAGACAAGAAUAAAACGUCUAAAUCCA